ACUAAGUCAUUUCGGAAGUUUCUCAAACAGCCCACGAUGCUUUUCGCUGUCUCGGUGCUGUGUGGGAGCGUUUUGUUCACUCAGCUGGUAGCCCGGGGACAGGCGGUGAGCGUCUAUAUCUAGUGCUUCCAGGAUACCUUCUCGUCUGUAUUUUUUUGUACCACUACCUGGAACUUUCCAUGCCGGAAAACAGUUUGAAAAAUAAAAGAAUGGACGCGCACGCUGGUUCGCCUCAUACAGCAGAAAACUCCUUCCAUACUGAAACAACAGAACCACCCACCAGAAUGACAAGAAUACAGACUCUCACAUUAAUUUCAAUGGCAUCUGUUAAUUUCAGUUCAAUGAUAUGCUACUCUAUAUUAGGCCCCUUUUUCCCCAAUGAGGCAGUAAAGAAGGGAGCCAGCCAGACUGUGAUUGGUCUAAUAUUUGGGAGCUAUGCUCUCUGCAAUUUAAUUGGUUCUAUGGUGAUGGGGAAAUAUAUUGUCCAGAUUGGUGCAAAAUUUAUGCUAAUUGCAGGACUUUUUGUAUCGGCAGUGUGCACCAUUUUGUUUGGAUUACUUGAUCGGGUUCCUGCAGGGGCCCCCUUCAUUAGCCUGUGCUUUAUAGUGAGGUCUGUUGACGCUGUGGGUUUUGCUGCUGCCAUGACCUCCACUUUUGCCAUGACGGCAAAAAUCUUCCCAGACAAUGUGGCAACUGUGUUGGGAGGUUUGGAGAUUUUCACUGGACUCGGGCUUAUUCUGGGACCACCAGUGGGAGGGUGGUUCUACCACUCCUUUGGAUACGAAGUCCCUUUUAUGCUUCUUGGAUGUUUGCUUCUAGUCAUGGUUCCUUUCAACAUAUAUGUGUUGCCUUACAUUGAGGCAGAACCAUCAAAAGACUCGUUCUUUCGACUUCUCCUCCAUGGGAAAGUGAUCCUGAUUUGUUUUGUGACUGUGACACUUAGUUCAGGGCUGGGCUUCAUUGAUGCCACCUUGUCGCUGUUUGCGAUGAAAACGUUUAAUCUCUCAUCUGGCUACGUGGGACUAAUUAUGAUCGGUUUGUCCUUACCAUAUUGUCUGGCAUCCCCUCUGAUUGGUUAUUUCACCGAUAAAUAUCCUGUCACAAGGAUUGGAUUCACAGUGACGGGAGGAGUCAUCACUGCUCUUUGUUUCUUUCUGCUCGGUCCUGCGCCUUUCUUUCACAUCCCGAGUCAGCUGUGGCUGACGGUCCUCAUGCUCACCCUAAUUGGGUUUUCUCUGGGCAUGACUGCAAUCCCCACAUUCCCUGAGAUCAUCGCAUGUGCACAUGAACAGGGGUUUGAAGAGGGACUGAGCACUCUUGGAAUGGUGUCUGGUUUGUUUGGAGCGUUUUGGUCCACGGGGAUGUUUUGCGGUCCUAUAGUGGGCGGCCUUAUCACUCAGGGCCUGAACUUUGAAUGGGCGGCAACAGUCCAGGGGGCAACAGGGCUGUUAGCUGCCUUACUUCUCCUGGCUUACUCUCUUUGUCAGAAAAGAAAACAAAGGGUGCAAGAAAAUAAUCAACAAGCAGAUGAAAACACUCCUCUCCUAAACGAAUGAGGGUCUCUGCUACACAUGAAAGGGAACAUCAGCGGUUUUAUUUGACACAAGGGAAAGCUUUUGUUGCUGCAACAGAAUUGUAAUGUUUUCUGUAAGUGUUUUUAUCUGGUGCUGCAGCACAGGAUAACAGACAACACGGUACAUCUGUGUGUUUCCAAGGUGCUGAAUAAAAGUUUAGAUUCUGGUCAAAGAGCAGAGCUGUGGUCACACACAGAAUCAUAUUGUAACCAAAGUGUCCCCUUUUUGGUACCGAGACCCUUUGUAGUUAACGGUCUUGGCUUUCUGCAGCACAUGACUUGGAUUUCAUGCUCGUCAGGAUCUACCAACACAUUCCUGGGAAUAUUAAAGAAAAAAGAAGAUUUUAAGGGGAAUUGUAUUGAGAAGAUUAUACAGGUCAUACCUGUAGUGAAUGGAAAUUGAAGUAUAAUGAGGCAUAAAACAGAUCUCACACAGA